UUCAGCAACCGGCUGAAAAGCAGGAUUCACUAGAAUUCAGUUUAACACGUAUAAAUAAUAGCUGUGCAAGGAGUUGAGCGUGGUUUGAAUGGUUUCCUACUGGAGUUGAUUGCCAUGUUUACACCUACCAUGGUGUCACCAGCCCAUGUGACGGAGAGGGGAGGGCAGGAGGUCCAAAAGGAGUUUGGUGCAAGAAUGUGAGGAGAAAUGGAAACAAGAGUGUUAGUGAGCACAGCAAAGUUGCAGAAACUGGCCUGAACUUAAGACUUUUUAUAGGAAACACUGAUGAGGAUUGUAGAGAAUGACCAAAAAGCUCCUGAUUUGGACAUUUGCAAGCUGCAAAAUGUGAAUGAGCAGGUUUGUGGGUGAAAGUCGCAGCGCAGUAAACACACAGUGUUGGGAAGAGCAUCACAAUGAACGUGACAGAAGUCUACAUGGGAAUAGCGAACAUCUCCACCCAGGGAAAUGUCUCUGGUAAUGGCAGCAUGGGUGUCCUGAGCAUCCCCCCCUCCCUAAACAAAGCCCUUAAUAUAUUCACCAUCAUCAUCCUCUUCAUCACCAUGAUUUCCCUUGGCUGUACGAUGGAGAUUUCCAAAAUCAAGACCCAUCUCCUCAAGCCUAAAGGAGUAGCCAUUGCACUGGUGGCCCAGUUUGGCGUCAUGCCCCUGACUGCUUUCUCUCUAGCCAAAAUGCUACAGAUGGAUCCCGUCAAGGCUGUGACUGUGCUCAUCUGUGGCUGCUGCCCAGGGGGAAGCUUAUCAAACAUUUUCUCCCUGGCCAUUAAGGGUGACAUGAACCUCAGCAUCGUGAUGACCACUUGCUCCUGUAUCGCGGCACUGGUGUUGAUGCCUUUGCUGCUCUAUAUCUACUCCCAAGGCUUCACCGGUCUAAAGAAUGCUGUGCCAUACGUCGGCAUCAUCUCCGCUCUCACGUUCACCUUGGUGCCUUGUGCCAUUGGCAUCGGCAUUAAUCACUACAAACCAAACUACUCGUCAGUCGUCAAAAAAGUUGGCCUCAGCAUCCUGAUAAUCUCCGGCAUCAUAGUGCUCAGCCUGUCUGCUUUGGUCGUCAAAGACAUUAUAUGGAUGGUCCUCACACCCGAUGUUCUGGUCGUGGCUGCACUGAUGCCACUGAUUGGCUUUAUGCUGGGAUACAUCAUGUCUUUCAUAUGCAGACUCAGUCCACAAUGUAGCAGAACAGUCUCCAUGGAAACGGGUUGUCAAAACAUCCAGCUGUGCGUUACCAUCCUAAAAGUGGCCUUUCCCCCUCAAGUCAUCGGAACCAUGUUUCUCUUCCCUCUGGUAUACUACAUAUUCCAGUGUACCGAGGCCCUCAUCCUGACCCUGUGCUUCAGAUGUUACCAAGCAUUCAAGCCACCGGCUGAGGACGGUGUUGAUAUUAAACAGGAGGUGGUGAAACAGCCAUGACUGUUUCACAGAUGUCAACCCAGCCCGUGCUGGAGAGGGAAACCGAGAUGAGCUGCGUCGUAGCUGCCGAGGACGCAGCGAUUCACUGCCCUCACUGUCUCCACAUUCUUCACUUCGGCCUGUGAUACUGAAGGAAAGACUGCGGAAGCAUGUGCAACAACUCAUACUUUUAUUAUUGUUUACUUAAUCAAUUCUAUGUAAUGUUAACUACGGGUAGUGCCUGCUAGCCAAAUAAUGAAGAAUCAUGACAUUUUGUAUUUAUAUUUUUUCUAUUUUGAAAAUCUGCUGUUUUACUGAAAUCUGCUAAUUGUAUGACUGACACAGUGAGAAUGAAAGCGUUUAUAAAACA